UUGGCGCCUACGCCUACAGCUAAAUUUUUGGUAGUCGGCGGCGGCGCAGGUGCCAACUUUAAGUGACCUGUUCGCCUAUUCGUGGCAAGCAAACUCUACACUGGAAUUUGAGCUGCACACUGAGAUUUCAAGGCGAUGACAACACCCUCACGUCCUUAUCCUACCACUUUGUUAGCAGCAGGCUCCAACGCUCGCGGGCAGCUAGGGACCGGCUCCACUGAUGACGCCCACUCAUUCACACCUUGCGUGUUCGAAGAUCACGGUCCCCAGUUACCGACCAACACCGCCAGAAUCUUAGGCCUUGCGAGCGGUUCAAGCCAUACUGUUAUCCUUCUCCAGUCUAAGGACGGAGAUGUCCAAUUGUGGGGUGCAGGUGAUGGGAGCAAAGGACAGCUAGGACCAGACCGUAACGCGCCAAUGGAAGCAUCAAAGGAUGAGCCCUUCGUAUUCAGGCCGCUUUCAAUGCCGUUUGGUGAGCUGUUUCAGCAGAGGAGAUUGCCGUACACUUGUCGUCUCGUAGCCGCUGCAUGGGAGACAACAUAUCUCGUAUUAUCGUGCCCCGGGAGACCAGACGUACUCAUAUCCAUGGGCAGCCACGAUUUCGGUGCGCUAGGUGGUGGAGAGAACUUGAAUGCCGCAAAUAAGGCGAGGAUCGUCAAUCUAGCCUCUGCACUAGACGAAAAAGCAGGCGCAAAGCCUCCUAAUAGUAUUCUCACCAUCGAAUCCCUCCAGGCGGGACCGCGACACGUUGUGGUAGAGCUACAGACUCGCACCGUCGACGGUGCGACCUUGUCUUCAGUCCUCGUUGGGUGGGGAUCUUCACGACAAGGUCAAUUGGGCCAGAAAACGAAGGCUGCGGUCAUCAGCCGUCCAGCACUGAUACCCAUAGACGUAGCGAGCGAUCCUAUGCGUUGCUGUGCGCUGGGGAACGAACACACUGUUGUCUUACACGAAUCUAACCGCAUAUCAGUGCUUGGUUCUAACAGAAAGGACCAGCUCGAUGGCCUCUCAUUGCUGCAGAUGCCCAUUGAGAGAAUCGGGUGCACAUGGAACGGGACAUACGUCCAUACCCGAGAACGUAUGCAAGACCUUCUACUUGCGACGGGGAGCAAUGCGAAAGGACAACUUGGCAGAACUAACUCUGCGGUAUCUAACUCAAACACAAUUGGCAUUGUGAAGCUACCCAUCGAGCCCACAACCCAUAUUAUCAAGCUGGCAUGCGGCAGCGAGCAUGUGCUCGUGUUGACCUCGCCAUCAAGGGACAUGGGGAAGGGUAUAUCUAAUAGUGUUUGGGGUUGGGGGUGGAACGAGCACGGAAACCUUGGACUUGGAAUGCUGGAAGAUGUCACCCUUCCUGCGCAAAUCUGGCCCAGGGACGGUGCGAGGCCCUAUAGGGAAUGUGGUUGAUGUGUGGGCAGCUUGUGGUACCUAGCUGGCUGGCUCUGCCAUCACAAUGACUAGGCAUGCUUGAACCGUCGACGAUUACUGCAGCCCAGAGUUGUGUGUUAUGAUCAUUUCGGUGUCCUUUAGGAGAUUUGCCGCCUGGCGCAUUACAUGCUUACUGGGCAGGUGGGGAGCUUCUCUUCUGUGACGAUACCCGUCCACAAUUCGAUUUCUACCAACUCGAAUGAUCGAAUGAUCCCUUACAGCAGAUGAGCGGAGUUGCUAUCACUCCAGCCCUCCGCGAGCACCUAACCCAUGUGUUGGUUGAUCAAGUCUUGACGU